AUUCAUAUAAACGUUAUGCGGCAAAACCGAGAUUCAAACCUGAAUCGCAGCACGAAUCUGAGUCAGAUAGAACUGCUGUCCUCUUCUGCCUGCCAGCCCUGCCAUAAGAGAGUGAGGAUAUGAGGAUAUAUGUGGUGUUCAGUGUGGAGAAGCAGAGACUUACAAGGAGGAUACAGCAGGUGCUUUCAAAGACAAAGAGCUGCACUAGAGGGAGGACAGGGAAAAUCUGCUGCGUCACUUCCCUCCUCAAAAUCUUUCAGUUGCCAUAGAAAUAAGUUGUAAACUCCUUAGCAAAAGCUUAGAGACGGUUCUGUAAUCUGCUACCGGCCUCCUCUUCACCGCCCAUUUCACUCUCACACUCAGAACAGACUGCUUUCAGCCCUUCACAGAUACAGCCCUCUCUCUCAAGUUCCCUCUGCCUAAUACACUCUGUCUGUUCUAGGCCUGGCCAACCUCUACUCAUCACCCUUGUCUCAAACACCUCUUCCUGAACCCGAGGACAUGGGUUAGUCAUCUUGCUAGACAUGCCCACAGGACCCUAUUCUUUCCUUUUUGUAGCACUUACUGUAUUUUAAUUGAUCGUUUAAUAUCUAUCUAUCUAAACAACAAGCUCCACAAAGUUAAGAAUCACAUCUCUAGUUCAGUACCAUAAUUUAGCAUCUACCAUAGGACUUGAUACACAGCAGGUGCCCUGAACAAAUAUUUAAAAAUUGAAGUUAAUUAGUAACACUAGAGGAAUUAAAUGAUGGAAUGAUGGGAAGAGGAAAUGGAGGGGAUGAACCAAAAGGAUGGCAGGGGGUUAACUUUAAUGUUGGAAUGUUUAGACAAAAGAUGGACUGGAAUGGCAUUUCACUGCGGAGCAUUUCGCUGUGGACUUUCGGAAAAUCAGAGGGCACCGUGGUAAGUUGCCCUGUAAAAAGGGACGAUCUGACUAUAUUCUGCCGUUCUGCAGAGGUCUCUGCUGGUGGCUGUACCUCCUGCCGAUGGAGUCAUCUUGGACACUGUGCAAACAUACAAUUAGCAACACACAUGGUGUUUGGUGCUUGUGGAAUUUGUUAGAGGAAAAUAUCUGUAAAUGAUUUUUAUUUCACAGCUGUUCCCUUUCUCGGUCUCAGUUUUGUGCUUACAGAGGAAAUGAAGGAACCAGGUGAUCAGGAUACUGAGCGGGGGAGAUUAGAUAGAUCAAAGAGUGAUGGGAAGAGGUCUCAGAGCUUGAAGUCUGCAUCAAGAUCUGCUGUGAGAGAGGAUGCCACAGAUGAGACAUUUAUUGAAGGUAGAGAAUCAUAUUUAGAGGAUGAUGAUUAUGAUAUGGAACAUUUGGAAGGAAGUUCAAGUUCAUUUCAAGAUGACUAUGUGGAUAACAUUGGAGAAUCUCAGUAUAUGGAAGCCCCUGCUCCAACCUCAGAAGAGGCGGAGGAGAAAGUUAAGAAGAAAAUCUCGGCGAACUUCUUCUACAAUUAUGUGGAGCUUGUUUCGAUGCCUUUUGUGACUCCGGAUUCGAACAUACCACUGGAUCUUCUCACACUUGUUCAUUCCUUUGGUUACGACUGCAGAAAGCGGGCCAACCUACAACUUCUGGACAGCAAUACUGUGAUGUACAUAGCUGGGAACCAGCUGAUCCUUCUGAAUUUGAAAACCAAGGAACAGAUGUACCUGCGAAGUAGCAGUGGGAGAGGAAUUGGUGUCAUUGGGGUUCAUCCUGAUAAAACUUACUUCACAGUAGCUGAAAAAGGUGUUUUCCCAAAGAUUAUCAUCUAUGAAUAUCCUUCUUUGAAGCCCUACAGAAUCCUUCAAGAUGGGACUGAGCUGGGCUAUGCUUAUGUGGAUUUUAACUACAAUGGUACCUUGCUAGCCUCUGUUGGCAGCAACCCUGAUUACACACUGACCAUCUGGAAUUGGAAAGAAGAACAGCCCAUACUGAGGACAAAAGCUUUUUCCCAGGAAGUUUUUAAGGUUACUUUCAAUCCUGAAGAUGAUGAGCAGCUUACUACAUCGGGAUCAGGCCACAUCAAGUUCUGGGAAAUGGCUCUAACAUUCACUGGUCUCAAGCUUCAGGGCUCAUUGGGUCGAUUUGGCAAAACAGCCACUUCUGAUAUAGAAGGUUACAUGCAGCUCCCGGAUGGGAAGGUGCUCUCGGGCUCAGGGUGGGGCAACAUGCUGUUGUGGGAAGGCGGCCUCAUCAAGGUUGAGCUCUGUCGAGCUGGAAGGAAGUCUUGUCAUCAGGGUCCCAUUAACCAGAUAAUGCUGGAUGAGGGCGAAGUUAUCACCAUUGGGGCAGAUGGAUGUAUUAGGAUCUGGGAUUUUGAGACAGUAGACACUGCUGAUUCUAUUGAUGAGACUGGAUUGUUAGAGAUCGAGCCCAUUAAUGAACUUCAAGUUGGCAAGAAAGUCAAACUCUUCUCUAUGAUAAAAAUGAACGAGAUUGGAAGUAACUUUUGGUUGGCUCAGGAUGCCAGUGGAGCCAUAUGGAAGCUUGACCUUAGUUUUUCAAAUAUUACUCAAGAUCCAGACUGCCUCUUCUCCUUCCAUUCUGGAGCUGUCGAAGCCUUGGCAGUCUCUCCCCUCACUUACCUCAUGGCCACUACUGCCUUGGAUUGCUCUGUUCGAAUCUAUGAUUUUGCUAGCAAAACUCCUUUGGCUCAGAUGAAAUUCAAACAAGGAGGUACUGCCCUUGCUUGGGUACCCCAACUGGUAAGCUACACUGGAGCACAGAUUAUUGUAGGAUUUGAAGAUGGGGUGGUUCGAAUUCUUGAACUUUACGAUCCCAAAGGGCUUACAGUUUUUGCAGGACGGAAGAAAAUUUCUGAUGCAGAUAUUAAUUUGAAACAGGUUUUCAAACCCCAUACUGCUCGUGUCACUGCUUUAGCUUAUGAACGUGAUGGAGAAAUUCUAGCUACAGGGAGUAAAGAUCAGACCGUCUUCUUCUUUGAGGUAGAAAAAGAUUAUAAGCCAAUAGGAUAUAUUACUACUCCUGGACCUGUUCGCCAGUUAAUAUGGUCUUCGAACUCCCAUCCUGAGAGUACUUUACUGAUUAUCUGUGAGAACGACUAUGUUCUUGAAACUCCAUUUCCAACCAUAAAGGAGGAAGAGGAAAAUCGUGAUGUAGUUUCCUAUGAAAUCAAAGACAUGCGCAUAAAGUAUUUUCAUUUCUCAAGUGUCAAAUCUAAGAUUCUGCGAUUCAUAGAAAUAGAAAAAAGAAAGACACUAAAGGAGUUGAAGGAGAAGGAAAAAAGGAGGAAGCAGCUAGCAGCAGAGAUGGGAGAAGAUGGAGAAAAGGAAUUCCAGGCAGAGGAGGAGGAAGAGGAAGAAGAGGGGCCAUUACCUGAAAUCUUUAUUCCAUCAACUCCCUGUCGCAUCCUCUGUGGAUUUUACUCUGAGCCAGGGAAGUUCUGGGUUUCUUUGGGUGGCUAUGAUGCUGGUUUUCUGUAUCACUGUGAGUUCCCCCCAUAUGACAAAAGUAGUGCUAUCACAAAAAAGAAGGAUGAACCUUUUGAUUUUCGUCUUCUUGAAGAUAUGGAGGAUAAUCCCAUCCAGACUAUCACUUUCAGCAUUCACCAAGAUAUGAUGUUUUGUGGAUUGCAAAAUGGAGCAAUUCGAGUCUAUAUCCUAAGUCAGGAUAAUCCCUCAUUGAUGAAUAUAGAGGACUACUGGCACUUCAAUAUCCAUGACAAUGAUUAUGGAUGCAUUAAAGGCAUCUCUACUAGUUUUGAUGACCGUUUCUUGGUGACUACUGGAGCAGAUAGUAAUAUCUUUGUUUUCAACAUUUUUUCUGAAUUUGAGCUGAAGAAAGACAUCAGAGCCAAAGUGCCAUCUCCCAGGUUUGGAAUUGAAACAGAGCCAAUUCCAGAAGAUAUUGAAGAUCCCAAAGCCUACAGUAUUGAGAAUGCUAGAAGAAAAAGAGAACAUGACAAGUUAAUGAAAGAAGUGGAAGAAAUAAAGGCUGGGAAGAGAGAAAAACUCAAAGCUUUGAGGAAUGAAUUUUGGAAACUUCUAGAAAUGAAUCAAGGAUUACCAAAGCAUAUGCAGUUUAAGCGAACAGAUUUUGAUAUAGAUUCCAAAAUACGUGCUGAGAUUGGCAGGAAAACUGCUUUUAAAAUUCAACAAGUGGAAAAAGAAUUAGCUUGGGAAAAAGAGAAACAUGAACUUGGCCUCAUGAAGCUACAGAAUAGAUUUCGUGAGUCAUUGGAAAGUGAUACUAUUGUGGUUCAUGCCAUACAAAGUGAUCACAAGAUAUCCUCCUAUAGGCUUGUGAAGCCGUCUAAGUAUUCCAAGUCCAAACGAACAAGUCUAUCAGACAGAAGAACAAGCAAAUUGGAGAGGUUAGAAAAAGAGGGAGCUGGAAGAAAGGAUAGCCAGAAAGAUACAGGUGGGAGCAUUGGUGUGCCAGAAGAAUCAAUUAUAGAGAAAGGGAAGAAAUUUCGGCCUAAAACCCUAAGUGAAAUUAUGGUGGAAAAUCAAAUUGAGAAAACAAAGAAACUUAUAUUAAAAGCUGAAAGGGCCCAACUUAAGAUUCAGCAGCGAAAAAAAGAAUGGGAUGAACUGUACAAGAGUAAACCUCAGGAUGACUUUGAAGAUCCCAAAGAUGUUCAAGCCAUCAAGGAGGCCCAGUUGUAUAUGGGAGACUUCAAUCUGAAGACAGCCUCAGACUAUAAGAUACCUGAGCACAUGAGAGUAAAUGCUGCCAAGAAGGAGGAGGAACUGGGACACCUAGACUCCAUGGCCCAUUCAAAGAAAAAGAACAUGAACAAAUGUAUCUUUUCUCUUCGAGACCUUAAAGUGGCCGUCAUCGAGGAAAUACAGUGCCUGGUUCAAGAACUGAAGAGCAUCCAGUCAAUUCUUCACAUAUCCAAGCACAUUCCUAUUCCCCAAGUCCCCCAGAUACACCCAGAAGAAGUUCCAGAAAAGAGAUUUCAGUAUGAUGAGGAAACUCUCCUAAAUUUUAAGCGACAGCAGAUGAAGAUUCAGGGUGAAACAUCCUCCCAGCUGGAACAGGGAGGGUCUACAGGCUCAAGUGGAGGAUUCCUCAGACUCUCUUCUAGAAAGAACAGUGAUUUGACGACAAGAGAUUCAUUGUCUAGAUCAUCAAAGGCAUCAGCAUUCUGUGUAGAUACUGUAAAAUUACUAGAAUUUGAAAAAGCAGAUCCAAUUGAUAUAGAGCUGGAGAUUAUGAAAAGGGACGAGAUUAAACACUUGUACAUGCAACAGUAUUUAACCAAUAGGAUCAAAGAACUGAUUGUCACUUUUGAUGCAGAACUCCGUCUCCUGAGGCAUCAGAAACUGAAACUAGAUACUCAGAUGAAAUUAUCUGACCUUCACCAUGUCACAUUAUUUCAAGAAAUGCUUCUCCUCAAGAAUUUUGAAAAACAGGAGAACAUACUUCAAGAGCGUGUUAAUUCAUUAGACAAAGAAGAACAGGAUAUGCAGUGGAAAAUAAAUGAAACUCUUAAAGAGAUGGAAGAGAAAAAGAAUGAAAUUGCCAAGCUCCAGGACCAAGAAAAAGCACUCUAUGCUGGUUUCCAAGCAGCCGUUGGAGAAAACAAUAAAUUUGCUAAUUUCCUCAUGAAGGUCCUAAAGAAGAGGAUUAAGCGGGCGAAGAAAAAGGAUGUUGAAGGAGAUGCCGAUGAAGAUGAAGAUAGUGAUGAAUCAAGUGAAGAAGAAUCUAGCUUAGAGAGUGAUGAAGAUGAGUCUGGAUCUGAAGAUGAAGUUUUUGAUGAUUCUAUUUGCCCAACAAAUUGUGAUGUGGGUCUUUUUGAAUUGGCCCUUCAACUUCGAGAGAAAAGGCUGGACAUUGAGGAGGCCUUAGCUGAAGAAAAGAAAAUUAUCGAUAACCUCAAAAAGGAACAUGAUACACUAUCCAAAAAAGUGAAAGUUGUGGCAGCUAACCUGAAUGUAGCUGAGGAGGCCCUGGAGGCUUACCAACGAGAGAAACAGCAGCGGCUAAAUGAACUGCUGGUCGUGAUUCCACUCAAGCUCCACCAGGUAGAGUAUGUAGCAUUUGGAGAAAUUCCUAACGAUCUUUCUGGAACCUUGGUCUUUUCGAACUAUUCCUUGGGACGGCUCCAAGAAAGAAUCACACAGCUCCAUGAAGAAAAUUCCAAGCAGCAAAAACUUAACAAGGACUGCCGGGAGAGGCGCAAACAGCUUAUCCGAGAAAAGAGAGAGAUGGCAAAAACCAUAAGCAAAAUGGAAGAAACGGUCCAUCAACUAAUGAUCAGCAAGUUUGGCCGUGUGAUAGACCUAGAAGCCCUUCAGACACUUUCCGUGAACACAACGCUUGAAGAGCUAAAGAUCAAAAAACUUCGAAAGGAGCUAAUGAAUGCAAAGGAAAUGAAGAUGUGGGAGGAAAAGAUUGCUCAGGUACGAUGGGAGUUGAUGAUGAAGACAAAGGAACACACUAAAAAGCUUCAUCAGAUGAAUGAUUUAUGUAUUGAAAAGAAGAAACUUGAUUCUCAGUUGAAUACACUACAGAACCAGCAGGGCAAUGCCUUCCAGGGCCCUCGGAAAGCGGACAUUGUGGCAAGAGAGAAGGUCACUGAACUGAUCCAACUCCAGGCAGAAAGGAUUUUGGCCUUAAAGGAAGAGAUUGCUCUCUUGCGUAAGAAAGGUGGUCUUAUCCUACCCCUCAUUCAGCCUCCACAAGAGAAGGAGAUGAAGCCCAUGGGCCUUUAAGUUUGCUUUUUUCUCUCAACUCCGUCCAAGAUUUCCGACAUACAACUUACCGGAAGUUCUGUUUCCUUGCCGGCUGCAAUAGUCCUAUUAUUUUAAAAUGAAUUUAUUUAAAAGUCUAAGACCAGAUCCACUCAUAUAGUUUUAAUAACUUUUCUCCAAUUUGGUUAUCUUAGAAUGGACUCUAGCACUCAACAUCUAUUUCUUAUUGAACGGAACCAUUUUAGAUCUGUUGGGAGCCCACUGGAUUGAAUAUGGAGGCUUCAGAAGCUGUAUGUAUCUCAAAACUGCAAGAAAGCAUCUGCAAUAUAUCUUGUUUUAGGAAAUCUGUCUCUUGCUUAUCUGAAUUUUUAGCCAUCGGCAGGAAAAACUAGCAAUCUGUGAGAAAGCUUGCUUGUUUCAGUCCUUGGAAAAUCAACUCUGAUAUUCAGUGUUUUCUGAGAACAAAAAACAAAAGCACGAGCUAUUCUGCCAACAGUAUCUUAGAAUGAGAUGCAAAUCAGAAUUCUGACAUUGUUAACUCCACAGAGCAGUUAUUUGAGGGCUCAGGAUGCAGGAAAUGCAGACAGAGCUGUUAGCUUUGGAUUGGCCGAAAGCAAGAGACUACCCAGCUUCCUGAAUCACCCCUGGCUUCGGCAAACUCCUCAGCUCUGAAUGGAGCAGAGGAGUAUGUUUUGCAAAAUGGUCAACAAGGCGGCUUUUCUCUGAAGGUGUUUGCAGCUCUACCAGUAUUCUAAGUAGUCCCAUAGCUUUUCACGUCCUCUGCAUUUUCUUCCAGGUUCUAGUCGAGUCAUUGGCUGUUUUUGAUGUAGACCCCUAAGUCUUGAUAGGUUACAUCACUCUAUCACUCUGAGAGACUGGCUCCAACCAUCACUUUUGAUUGUGCAUAACAUUUUAAACUAUUUUUUUUUUUUUUAACAUUUUAAACUAAUUUGAUUGUCCUUUUCGUUUGGGGGUAAGCGGUGAUGGGGAUUCAUGGCUGUACCCAUUUAGGAAUGAUCUCCCUGAUAUUUGGACCCCUGUUAGUAACAGAGCUUAGCAUUUGAGAUUCAGAGCUCUCUGGGUCCAUAUAUAUGAAUGAGCGUCUCCACUGAGCUGUCCCAGAAUAGAAGUUAGUCAUGGAGAAGGAAAGGUGAGGAAGGCGAUAUUACAUCAGCGUAGAAGGUGACCCGGCAACGUCAAGUCUUCCUAACCUGUGACCAGCCUGCUGAUCUGUCCUUCCCCGAGAUUAGAUAGGACUUGCUUCCUUUCAAAGAUUCUUUCAUGUUCCCAUUUAAGUGAUCCAAAAAGUUUGUGCCCAGUAGCUUAAAUCCCUGGUGAAGUAGCUUCUGUACUGGAGAGUGCCCUUACUUCCUCUGCUGUACACCCUAAACGAUGGGUGCCUUCAAGCAUCUAACAAAAAUUGCUAGUCCUAGCUCUGAGGGUUUUACUUCCUCAUUGCUACAUGAAGUUACCCCCGAACAUUGCUUAACGCAACAGGCACUUCUCUCACCCGGGGUUCUGAGGGCCAGGGAUCUGGGAGCAGCUUAGCAGGCUGCUCUGGGCUCAGAGUCUCUCCCGAGGUUGUGGUCAAGCUGUGAGUUGGGGCCACCCCAUGCGAGGCUUGGCUGAAGCCGGAAGGGCUACUUCCAGAUGCACUCACGUAGCUGUUUGGCAGGAGGCUUCAGUUCCUCGCUGGCUGGCUACCACAAUAAGCAACUGCCUGGAUAAAGGGGUUAGUCUCCGGGAAAACCCCGUUCCCUAGGUGGUAGUGAGAGCCAGGGGAAGUUACGUAAUCUUCCUGGGCCUCAUUUUAUUAUCUGACAAAUGAGGGAUUUGGAUAAGCUCUAAGUCUCUUUCCCAUUCUGAAAUUCUGUGAUUCUAAUCGCAGCAAGAAUGACUUUAGAGUCUAUGGAAGAGCUGUGGCAAAGACUCCCUGAGUUUUUCAACUCUGUAAAACCAAUCAGGAUUAUUUAUUU